AUGAGCGAUGCGGAAAGCAGCGAAGAAGCUGAAAAGACCAAUGGCAACACACAGAAGCCUAAGAACGAAAGCGAUGGCUCCAAAAAGCCCAAGGGCGAUGGUGUGGAAUCGAAACUGGCAGGAUUGAACGUAAGCAACUCGCGGGAAGCGCAUGCGAAACAGAAAGCCCUCGCCAAAGAACGCAAGGCCGCGAAGCCCAACGCAGACAUCAUUGAGCGCUCCAAGAAACUUUGGGAGAAGCUUAGGCUCAAGUCGCAUGUUGACAAGGAUGAGAGGAAGGAACUCGUCAAGGAACUGUUUGACAUCAUCACUGGCCGGGUCAAAGACUUCGUCUUCAAGCACGACUCUGUGCGUGUCAUCCAGACUGCUAUCAAAUACUCAACCAUGGAGCAAAGAAGAAUGAUUGCCCGCGAACUGAAGGGAGAGUUCAAGGUUCUGGCCGAGGGCAAAUACUCCAAGUUUUUGAUCGCCAAAUUGGUAGAGAAGGGCGACCCCGAGAUUCGCGACCUUAUCAUCACCGAGUUCUACAGUCAUGUCAAGCGCAUGAUCAACCAUCCCGAAGCCGCAUGGAUAGUUGACGAUAUCUAUCGAGCUGUCGCUACCCCCGAGCAGAAGAACCGCCUACUUCGAGAGUGGUAUGGACCCGAGUUUUCCAUCAAGGGUCUCGGAGCUCAAGGCACAGACAGCGCAGAGCUCUCGGCCAUCAUAAAAGAGUCGCCCGAGAAGAAGAAGCCAAUCAUGGACUACUUGGAGAACCAAAUCAACUCGCUCAUCCAAAAGAAGCUGACUGGAUUUACCAUGCUGCACGACGCUAUGCUUCAGUACUUCCUAGUCUGCGAACCCGGCACCGAGCAAGCAAAUGAUUUCCUAGAGCACCUCAAGCCUGAUCCGACAUUGAAGGAAGGCGAGGAGGCUGAUAACGUGGAUUUGUUAAAAAACCUUGCGUUCACAAAAUCAGGCUCAAGACUGAUGUCACUCUGCUUCGCGUACGGCACUGCAAAGGAUCGCAAGCUGUUCUUGCGACCAUACAAGGACACUGUUGAGAUAAUGGCUUACGAUCAGCAUGCUCACCACGUUCUCCUUGCCGCAUUGGCUGUCACAGAUGACACCAAACUUUCUGCGAAAUCAGUCUUCAGCGAACUCCUCCCAAACAACGAUUCCCUUCCCGAAAAGGUGCUCAAUCUUGUGAACGAUGCCCGCGCACGUACAGUUCUGUUAUACCCAUUCGCAGCUGAUGCCAAGUGGCUGUUGGAUGAUAACACUCGGGAGCGUUUGGCUGAGAUAUAUGCCAUUCGUCAGACAACAUCCAAGAAGGACCCGAAUGUCCGUCUGCAAGAGAUUGCAAAGAAUAUUGAACCGCAGCUGCUGACAGCAGUUACUGCACGAGCCGCCGACUUUGCCUCGUUUGCAUUUGGCUUGCAAUUCAUGGGCGAGAUCCUUGUUGGAGCACCUGAGGUUGAGCCAGCUAAGCGCAAGGAGGCCUUGACAGAAGUCGCACGCCUUUCACAGUCGAUACUGGACUCUUCUCUGCCUGCUUCAGCUGGUGACAACAAGGCCACAAGUCAUGGCAAAAACAUGCUCAAGAUGCUUGUACAGGGCGGCAAAUUCGACACAGUCGCGAAGAAGGUUGUUCCCGUUGACCCCGCUCUUGGUUUUGCAGAUUUGCUUUGGCCUCAGAUCAAGGACAAGAUUGUUGACUGGGCUACUGGCCAAGGGUCGUUUGUUGUUGUGUCGAUGACGGAAGCUGAAGGCUUCGCAAAGAAGGACGAGGUGUUGAAAGCAUUAAAGAAGGAGAAGAAGGCAUUAGAGGCUGCUGCCAACCCUCCGGGCAGCAAAAAUGGGGAGCCGAAGGGUAAAAAGCAGAAAAAGGGCGAUAAGUCGGAACCUGCGUCGCGGGGGAAUGCGGGCACAAGAAUCUUGCUUGAAAAGUUGUAG